AACAAAGAAAAGAACAAGAACUAAAAAGAAAAAGGAAGACACCAGAUUACACCAACAACCAAGUCCCCAAGCCCAAAAUUAUGAACCAAACGGAAAUCCCACCACCAACAAACUGCCCAAGAAAAUUCAGGAACACGUACACCACUGGCUGGAACAACAGAAGGCCCGUAGCACACCGCAACACUAAAUUACAAAGCUGAGAAACAAUCCAAGGGACAGCUCUUCCAUUCAAAGAGUGAGUUCUGGAAUCCCAUCAAUUUCGACUUUAACCAGUGCCAGGAACGAACUUGAAUUAAAUCAAGGAUAACACUCCCAGAUACAGCUCCAUUAUUAAAAACGAUCUCAUUCCGAAGUAGCCAUACCUAUAGGGACCAAACUGUGGCCAUCCAAAAAAAAAACUAGACUUUCCAUACAUUAUAAUCUUUACAUUUUGUAGGGGUUAGAUUCAAUUUUGCAAAAUGGUUCAAACAUCAAACCCUCCUCCUCCUCCUCAUCACCAAGCAUUGGUCAUAAAAUCAGCAAUAUACUCAAGGCUUGCUGUGCUCACCCUAAUCACCAUUUGUCGAACUCUACUUUCCCCUUACGACACCUCUUCCCCCUUAAACCCUCCUUGCCUCUCCUCCACCACCACCUCCAACCACCCUCUUCCUCCUCAAUCUCGCAUCGAAAACUCCGUCGUCUGGGACUCCAUCUACUUCCUCCGCAUUGCUCAGUGCGGCUACGAGUACGAGCAGACCUACGCUUUCUUACCCCUCCUUCCCCUCUCCAUUUCCUUCUUCUCUCGCACCGUUUUCGCUCCCCUCAUCCCCUUCUUUGGCCAAAGAGCCGUUCUCGCUCUCUCUGCUUAUGUAAUCAACAAUCUCGCUUUCGUCCUCGCCGCGCUUUUCCUUUACAGACUUUCCAUAACUAUCUUGAAGGAUCCUGAAGUAGCAUUACGCGCUACGAUUUUGUUCUGCUUCAAUCCGGCGUCUAUUUUUUAUUCAUCAAUAUACUCAGAGAGUCUGUAUGCUCUUCUUUCUUUUGAAGGAUUGUACUACUUUGUAUCUGGUGGAAAUAAUAAAGCCGUUCUUCUUCUGGCUCUCUCUGGUUGUGCAAGGUCUAAUGGGGUUCUUAAUGCGGGAUAUCUCUGUUUUCAGACCAUGCAUCGGGCUUAUCAUGCCAUAUUUCAGAAAAAGCGUGUUGCUUUGGCAUUGCAGAUUGUUACUGUUGGUGCUUUACGUAGUGCAUGCAUUUUUGCUCCAUUCAUAGCUUUCCAGGCGUAUGGCUAUUACAAUAUGUGUGUCGGACAUUCUCCUGAUGAAAUAAGGCCUUGGUGCAAGGCUAGGGUACCGCUACUUUACAAUUACAUUCAAAGUCGUUAUUGGAAUGUGGGUUUCUUGAGAUAUUUUCAGCUGAAACAGUUGCCUAACUUUCUUCUUGCUUCCCCAAUGCUAUCUCUGGCACUUUGCUCAAUUGUCCAUUUUGCUAAGUCUAGGCCUCAGAUCUUUUUCUCACUGGGUUUCCAAACUACUAUUAAUGAGAAGAGCUGUGGAGUUGUAUUUUUGUCAGAUGAUCUCUCAAGGUCCAAAGUAGCUGGAAUUGUGGAGAAAUCCUCUUUAGAAGAACACUUCAAUCUUAGGAGGAGAAAGAAUGUGAUUAAAGGGGAUGUUGCUAAUGUUCCCACAGAAUCUGAGCCAGCAGCCGCGCCAGGUUACUUGUCGGCAUCUGUUCUCCCAUUUGUGUUACACUUGGGAUUCAUGGCAGCCACUGCUUUUCUUGUCAUACACGUUCAGGUGGCCACCCGUUUCUUGUCUUCCAGUCCUCCUCUUUAUUGGUUUGCUUCAUAUGUAAUGACAUACCCUGCAAAAUGCUUUAGAUGGGGGUACAUGAUAUGGGCAUACUCUGCGGCAUAUAUUUUUCUUGGCAGUUUGCUCUUUUCAAACUUCUAUCCUUUUACAUGAUGAGGAAUAGAUAGAUAGCUGGACAGAUACUCGAUAGAUAGAUGGUGCUACUUGGAAAUUGUAGGUCAUUUUAUUUCAUGCAAUAUACAUGGGAAUAGCAGCCAUAAAGUGUUGCUGUUGAGUUUCAGAUCUGUGCUGGUUGCUUUGCCCAUUUGGUGGUUCAUGUUAUAUACACGUUAGGUCAGCGUGUAGUCUGUAAUUGUUUUAAGUGUCUUUGAAUACUUGUUGAGUGCAAACUUUCAUCCCAAAUUCUUUGAAGAACUUCUUUUACCUUUUAUCUGUGUUAA